CGAUUAAAAGUUGUGUUGGCGCGGCUGGUGCUAAGCUUAAUCGCUUGCACCUCAGUACUGGACGCGCACCAGAUGUGAGAACAACAACGCUACGGGCGGAAUACACAGUUCGAGCUGCUAAAAAGCAUCUGGUUUUUAUUGCGAAUAAAACGGUAGCGGUAUUUCGUAUAGUAAACCGUCGUCUAUGUAAAAACAGCAACAAAUCAUACAGUGUUUGGCUGAUAGUUUAAAAGAUAUGUUCAGCUUGAUCCACAUUCUUAUCGCCAUUGGCACUGCGUUAUGUUUCAUUAUGAACACGCUAGUCGAUUGGUUUAUAUCACGUAAACGGCCAACCUACCCACCAAUUCAGGAUGGGUUGCUAAUCAAAUCUGUGGGCGAAUUGGUUGUCGAGCUGCGGCAAAAAAAGGUCACUUCACAUCAGCUGGUGCAGGCGUAUAUCAGCCGCAUUCAGACAGUAAAUCCCAGCCUGAAUGCAGUAAUUGAGGAUCGUUUCGAGUACGCACUGAAAGACGCACAACAUGCGGAUAGCCUGAUUGCCAAGGCGAACAACGCACAGUUGGUGGCACUCUUUGCACGCUACCCCCUACUUGGUAUACCAUUUACAGUGAAGGAAUCAGCCGGGCUGAAAGGACUUUCUUUUGUUAUCGGCAACAUUUAUCGGCAAAAUAUGAAAUGUGAACACGACAGUGUAGUGGCAGAGCGGCUACGGUCUGCCGGUUGCAUACCACUUUUAGUCUCAGCAAACCCAGAGUUCUGUAUGAGCUACGAGACGAAUACUAUAAUGAAUGGAAAGUGUCGCAAUCCAUAUGAUCUGAACAGAGUGUCUGGAGGAUCAUCUGGCGGAGAGGGUGCUCUAAAUGGCGCCGGUGCAACACCAUUCGGUUUGGCUUCAGAUAUCGGCGGCUCAAUACGUUUACCUUCAAUGUUUUGUGGUGUAUUUGGACAUAAAGCAACAGGGGGACUGGUACCGAUUAAGGGAAACUUCCCCUACGUAGAAGAUCCGAGAUUUGCACAGUACCUGACAGCAGGUCCAAUAACACGUUUUGCCAAAGAUUUGCCCAUACUGCUGCAAGUGAUGGCCGGCGAUGAUAGCAAUAAGUUGAAAUUUCAUGAACCAGUAAAACUAAAGGACAUUAAGAUAUACUACGCAUAUGGUUUCAGUGGUUGUGAAGCGCUAAUGCACCUGCCAACCGCAUUCGACAUACAAUUAGCCAUAACCAGAGCGGUGAAGUGCUUCGAAAAAGGUGGACUCACCACAAAGCAGGUAAACUUAAACAAUUUUGGUAAUGCCAGAGAAAUUGGUAUACGCGCUCUCUCAGAGUUACACGGCAUACCGAGUGUAACAACUCAAAGUCCACCCAAAAUAAGAACUUUGAUUUGGCAGUUCAUCCUCUCGCUUAUUGGGAAGUCGGUGCAUAACCGCGAUGCUGUCUUUAUGGAGUGGAUGCGUCUAGAGAAGGCGUAUAUUUCUGAUAAGCAAGCAGACGAAUUACGCGCUGAAAGCAAAAAGCUGAAAGAAGAGCUGGUGCAAAUGCUAGGCGAGAAUGGUGUACUCUUCUUGCCCACUUUUCCCACUUCGGCUUUCGCAUUCAACACAAGCACCUUGAAUUUGGUCGGAGUGGGUCUAAUGCUAUUGUUCAACAUACUGGGCUUGCCUGCAACACAUGUGCCAAUGGGUCUGGAUCAUCGAGGCCUGCCAAUAGGCUUCCAAGUGGUCGCUGCACCAUAUCAAGACAAAUUGUGUCUGCAGAUAGCAGCUGAGUUGGAAGGCGCUUUCGGCGGAUGGGUGCCGCCGCUGUCGCAUGACAUAAAAGCUUAGUGUUAAUAAGCUACUUGAAGCUUUUUAAGUUUAGCAUAAGUAUAGCGUGCUUUGUGCUUACGUACUUACGUAGUUUGCUUGAAAUUCUGUAUACUUCUCUAGAAUACAGUAGGUUCUGUUUUUAUGCGGCUUUUUUUUAUGCGGGUUUGAAAUAGUGCGGUUUUUUUUUAAAUUACAAAAUGCAUGUCGACCUAUCGGAAAUUGUACAUAUAAACAAGAUUCUAAACCAGCUAGCAAAAACUCAUCACAGAUUCAUGCGGUCUAUGGAACGUAUCUAUAGUUAUAAUAUGGGACUAGUGCCCUUUUUUAUGCGAUUUUAUUACAUUAUUUCAGAUUUAUGCGGUUUUCGCAUUUGAAACGUAUCUAUAGUUUUACUAUAGAACUAGUACUUUUUUUAUGCUGUUUUUUUUAUGCUGUUUCUUGCGGAACGUAUCUACCGCAUAAAAACAGAACCUACUGUAUUUGCAAUGUGUUUAUUGCUUGGAGAUUUGUGUUUUUUGUUGUGCGUUGUAAAAUUUGCUUAAGCAGUCUCUCUCAUAUGGUAUAAUAGAGAUGUAUACAUCUAUUCCCAUAAGUAAGUCGUUCAGCGUGUCGCAAUAAUAAAAGCAUUCUUAAUUAAAGUGCCAAGCUUUACACAAAAUUUCAAACAAAAAAACUUCCGAGCAUCUUGUAUACUACAAAGUUUUCUAAAGAUUCUGAUUAAAGAUCAAAGAUUAAUUUUUUUUUUUAUUUAUUUAUUAAGUUUUUGUGAAUUUUGUACAAAGAUUGGAGCUAUUUGAUAUAUAACAUUUUUGCUAUGCAUAAAACUAUAUUUUUAUUAAAAAAUAGCGGAAUAAAUUUAGCGUAAAAAGGUGAAUAUUAUAAAGAGAUAAAGUGGCUUCAUUAUGAGAGCACAAGUGUAAAGUAUAAGGAUAUACCUCUACUAGAGCUGUCAAACUAUCGAUAGUUGAUGUAUAAACUGUAGAUACUUUUGAAUAAUUACACAAUUAAUUAAUUUUGAUGUCCAUACAUUUAUAUUCAAGUUAUGUAUUUACGGUCAAUCAAAUCUCAAUCAAAUUUUUUUAAUAAAAAUCAGUGCAUCACCGCAGAUUAUUUACAAUUAAA